ACUUUCUGAAUCCUUUAUCAUCUGCAACUGAAAAUAGUUGUGGAUGAUUACUAUACCUUUCUAAUGUGACGUUGUUGUCCCUGGCUCUCUUUCUCUCUCUCUCCCUCCCGCUCUGUUCCUGUGCUGGUGUAACUACCACCCCUCCCCCCUGUGCCCAGCGCAAAGCACAAGGCUCGAGUGCGGAGUGAAGCGGAAAAAAAGUGAGAGAGAGAGGGUGAGAGAAAGAGUCGUUCGCGUCAAAGAUUCGGCUCUAAUUUCGUUCGCGACCGACACAUCACUAUUCUGAAGCAGUGUGUUGAUCUUUUUGGCACACGCACCGGAGCGUCAGCUUCAAGCGGACCAUCACUACCUCUCACGUCUAAAGCUGAUCAGCAGGAGGAGAAGAGUCUGACGGAGCAGCAGAGGAACAUUUUCAGCUACUUGGACUCAGCUCAGCCACUACAGAGAAAACAAUGAGCUCAACACAGAAGGACCAACAUGGACCAAGAAGUCAGCGCUCUCAGGAGGCCGACAAACCUCACAGAAGAAAGAGAGAGAAAACAUACAGCUGUGACGAGUGUGGGAAGGAUUUUGCUGUGAAGGCUAAACUAAAACAGCAUCAGGUCAUCCACACUGUAGAGAGACCGUUCAGCUGUGACUUGUGUGGAAAGUCUUUUUCCUUUAAGAUUUCCCUAAAACGACACCAACUCAUCCACAGUGGAGUUAAAGCGUACAGCUGUGAUCAGUGUGGCAGAGCUUUUACUCACAGUAGCAGCUUACAGAAUCAUUUACUUAUCCACUCUGGAAUUAAGGCAUACAGCUGUGACGAGUGUGGGAAGGAGUUUACUGAGAAGGCUAAACUAAAACUUCAUCAGGUCAUCCACACUGGAGAGAGACCGUUCAGCUGUGACUUGUGUGGAAAGUCUUUUUCCAGGAAGGAUUCCCUAAAACAGCACCAUCUCAUCCACAGUGGAGUUAAAGCGUACAGCUGUGAUCAGUGUGGCAGAGCUUUUACUCACAGUGGCAGCUUACAGAGUCAUCUAGUUACCCACUCUGGAAUUAAGGCAUACAGCUGUGACGAGUGUGGGAAGGAUUUUGCUAUGAAGGCUAACCUAAAACUUCAUCAGGUCAUCCACACUGGAGAGAGACCGUUCAGCUGUGACUUGUGUGGAACGUCUUUUUCCAGGAAGGAUCACCUAAAACAACACCAACUCAUCCACAGUGGAGUUAAAGCGUACAGCUGUGAUCAGUGUGGCAAAGCUUUUACUCACAGUAGCAGCUUAAAGAAUCAUUUACUUACCCACUCUGGAAUUAAGGCAUACAGCUGUGACGAGUGUGGGAAGGAGUUUACUGAGAAGGCUAAACUAAAACUUCAUCAGGUCAUCCACACUGGAGAGAGACCGUUCAGCUGUGACUUGUGUGGAAAGUCUUUUUCCAGGAAGGAUCACCUAAAACAACACCAACUCAUCCACAGUGGAGUUAAAGCGUACAGCUGUGAACAGUGUGGCAGAGCUUUUACUCACAGUAGCAGCUUACAGAGACAUCUAGUUACCCACUCUGGAAUUAAGGCAUACAGCUGUGACGAGUGUGGAAAGGAUUUUGCUAUGAAGGCUACCCUAAAACUUCAUCAGGUCAUCCACACUGGAGAGAGACCGUUCAGCUGUGACUUGUGUGGAAAGUCUUUUUCCAGGAAGGGUCACCUAAAACAACACCAACUCAUCCACAGUGGAUUUAAAGCGUACAGCUGUGAUCAGUGUGGCAAAGCUUUUACUCACAGUAGCAACUUAAAGAAUCAUUUACUUAUCCACUCUGGAAUUAAGGCAUACAGCUGUGACGAGUGUGGGAAGGAGUUUGCUGAGAAGGCUAAACUAAAACAGCAUCAGGUCAUCCACAGUGGAGUUAAAGCGUAUAGCUGUGGCUUGUGUGGCAAAGGUUUUACUCAAAGGGGUCACUUACAGAGGCAUCUAGUUACCCACUCUGGAAUUAAGGCAUACAGCUGUGACAUCUAUGGAAAAACUUUCAGCCAGAGAGGGCACCGAAAUACACACCUACGCAUUCACACCAGACAUGAUGUGUACUGCUGUGAACAAUGUAGCAAAGAGUUUACAACAGACGAAAAGUUACAACGACACAUGUUUACCCACACUGAGGGACGACCUUAUAAAUGUGACCUGUGUGAGAAGACUUUUAAAUCUCCACAUUACCUGAGACGACACCAACAGAUCCACACCAGAAAGAGACUCUACAAGUGCAGUUACUGUGAGAAGCAGAGCGACACAGAAGGAUCCAGUUCUCAACCCUGUCAUCACUGUGGUGGUGGGAAAGACUUUCGUUGUGACCUCUGUGGAAAAACUUUCAGUUGCCAAGCUGACCUAAAAACACAUCAACACAGACACACUGGAGACAAACUGAAAUACUGCAAAGAAUGUGGGAGAAGCUUCACCACAUCACGUGACUUAAAACGACAUGAACUGAUCCACAGUGGGGUUAAAAAGCACCUCUGUGAUCAGUGUGGGUCAUCCUUCACCACUGCAGGUGACCUUAAAACACACAAACGAGUCCACACAGGAGAGAAACCACACAAGCACACACAACCACACAAACAUCAGCGUGAUCACUCAGGGCUGAAAUCUCUCCCAUCACUGGAUCACGGUGAAUCUGAAGAGACAGAAAGAUCCUCUGGUUUCAGAGUCAGACUCAAAAAGCUUGAGAUCAGGCUCCACAGAGUUCAGAUAGAAUCAUUUAAACUUGUGUUGAACUGAACUGGUUGCUGGGCUGAACUUCUACAUAAUACAGAUGCACAUGGGAUCUUAUUUUCUGUCGUUUUGCUGAGUCAGUUUUGUCCUUUUUUCUCUCUCCUGGUUUCGCUUGUCUGUAAAUAAUUGAAACUCAGUCAAAUAGUUCAUUGUUCUCCAGCAAAACGUUUUGGAAACUCAUGUUUAACCUUUAAAACUCUGACAUGCUUUAGCACACAAGGCUUCAUCGGGGAGUUCACUCAUGAUUGGACCAUGAGAAUAAAGGUUUUUAGUUCUUUCAAAGAGAGUCUUGGAGCUGUUUGAUGUUUUUGUUUUUUCUGAAACCACCUGAAAGAAAAACUAUUUUUCUUGCUUUAUGUAGUGUGGAAGUUGUUAAUGUUUCUUUCAUCUGUGAUGUUCUUGAAUGUGUUCACAUGAAGCUGGUACAAAUAAACUGUCCUUUCAGCUUUA